AUGGUGCUGGCCCGAGAACCAGAAUUGAUGGAAGCUUACGCGAGGUAUCUUGCGUCGCUACAGGGCGAAAGUGCUGAAAACACUGAUCUCUCAGUUCCAAAAUCCGUUGAAUCGGCAGUGGAGCAGUUGGUGAAACUUCGGGAGGAAAAACAGUGGCGACUUUCGAUACUCGGAAAAGAGGUCAAGAUAAGAGAGCAAGUGGAGAGGCUUGCAAAGUUCGUCCUCUGGUCUGAGCCGAUUGUGACAAAGGCCCUUAGUGCUCAGCCGUAUGCAGCACUGGGUUGGUCUGGAGUUACAUUACUCCUUCCGUUGCUCGUGGGUGGAUUAGAGAGCAACGAGGCUAUGCUGCAAGGAUUCAAUUCGCUAGCCGACGUACAAUUAUACUGGCAUGUUUGCGAGACCAGGUAUCUCAACAGCCAACACAGUCAAGUGUACCAAGAGCUCUUUGAGCCUUUGGCCAAGCUAUAUUCACACAUCAUCGAAUUUCAGGCAUGUGCCAUCUGCCAUCUGUCUAAAUCCCAGACUUCACGUGCCUGGAAAGACAUGACCGGUUCGAACGACUGGAAAGGGAAAGUCACAGCAAUUGAUGACCUGAGCACAAAAUGCAGCAACAUGAUUCCUCACCUCGAAGUUGGAGAGGUCCGAGAUGAGAGAGACAAAGUGUUACACGAAAUGCAACAAUCACAGGAUAUCUUGAACGGAAUCAGAACACUUCUAGAGACCGAAAGCAAACAGAAUCAGACCAUUCAUGAAGAGGAGAAAACAAAAGACCUCCUUCGUGAUCUCAUAUCUGACCACACUCCCGAGGACUAUAAAGACUUCAAUCCAGAAAAGGUCAAGGGCACAUGCGAGUGGUUCCUUAAAGACGAAAGAUUUUGCGAAUGGAGAGCCGCUACCAGCCCCAGUAUCCUUUGGGUAUCUGCAAGUCCUGGCUGUGGAAAGUCAGUCCUAGCGCGAGCUCUCAUUGACGAACGUCGACUGUCUACGAGUGUAACGACCUCAACUGUCUGUUAUUUCUUUUUCAAAGACGGAAUUGAACGCCGCAUGCACGCCACCGAUGCGUUGAGUGUGCUACUUCAUCAGCUCUUUACAAAACAUCCCGAGAAAGGAUCGAUGGUCCAAAUUGCCCUUUCCGAUCAUGCGGAACUCGGCUCAGGUCUCCCCAGGAACUUCUCUGCACUAUGGCAAAUUUUUGUGAAUUGCGUUGAAUCACCAAACGCCGGGGAAAUUAUUGUUGUUCUCGAUGCCUUGGACGAAUGCAAAAGAAGCAGCUGGCUGCAGCUUCUGGAAAAACUGAACAAGACAUAUUGUGAUUGGAAUCGGUCUGGAAGUCCUCCAAAGCUCAAGUUCUUGAUUACAAGCCGCCCUUACGGCGACAUUAGGAAUUGCUUCAGAAAAUUCCCGCGGGGGUCUUCAUGUGUGUCGCUUGAUGGAGAUGAAAAGUCAACCGAGAUCAGCAAAGAGAUCAAUCUGGUGAUUGAUGCAAGGGUAAAGGAAAUCGCCCGGGAAUUCAAGGAAGGUGACCGUCGUUUGAUUGCAGACAAAUUGAAGAGCAUGGGAAACCGCACAUAUCUCUGGCUACAUCUCACCUUCGACAUCAUUGACCAGAGUCCCUGUCAAUACAGUCGGCGGGCUGCUGUGGUAGAACUCCUCUCCGAUUUACCAUCCCAGGUUUCAGAUGCAUACGAAAAGAUCUUGGAACGUAGUAAGAAUUCUAUCCAGACUACCACUCUGCUUGAAAUUGUUUUGGCCGCAGCUCGACCCUUGACUCUGGAUGAGGCCAAUAUCGCCCUGACCCUAGCUCUGUCAAGGGAAAUAUGCACCUCUCAUGCCUCCCUUGAAGACGAGCUGUUCUCGAAGAGCGAUUUCUCAGACAACGUGAAAAAUCUAUGUGGUCUCUUGAUCAGCUUCCAUGAUUCAAAACUUUCCUUCAUCCACCAGACGGCGAGAGAAUUUUUGAUGCACGACGAAAGAAGAGGAAAGUGGCAAGGCAGGCUGAAGAUAUCAAACGCGCACAUCAAGAUGUCUUUAGCAUGCCUGCAAUACUUGUCUUUUCUAGAUAUGCCCAGCUCAAAUGAAUGGCUUGUGAAUAACUUCCCGUUGGCAGAUUACUCUGCAAAAUAUUGGAUGGAGCACGCAAGACCAGUUGAGACAGAGCAAGAGGUCCAGAAGACCAUCCUCAACUUCUUUGAGCAGAGAGGACACCCCUUCGUGAACUGGGAGCAGCUUCAUAAGCCAAAGUAUCACUGGCUACACGAACCCCACCCGGGAAAAUUGGAAUGUCCUAUCUACUAUGCGUCUCUGGGAGGUCUACGUCAUACGGUCCAUUCUCUAUUGAAAGAAUCUCAGAGGCGCAGCCGCAAUGAUGGUACCCUUACCACGUCUCUCUGGGCGGCAGCUCAAAAUCACCACAAAGAUAUUAUGCAGCUAAUACUUGAGAGCGGAGCCCACCCUUCUUACAGGAUAUGCAAAGAGAUUCUCGAAGACGUAGUUUACUGUGGGAGAACAGAUAUUGUGCUGCUUCUACUUUCCAAAGCCAGUCCGAACAACUCCGAUGACCUCGUCUCUUCCCAAUUUGAUCUACAUCACGCUGCUAUUCUGUCUGCUGCUUGGUAUAACAGAGAAGAUAUGUUAAGGCUAUUGCUGGAUGGAGCCAACGCCAAUAUUCUGGAUGGAGAUUAUAGCGUAUCUCUCCCCAUUCUAUCAGGGGAGGGACACGAAGGAGCUCUACGCCUAUUGUUGGAACGAGUCAAAGUCGACCCCACCACCUAUAACUAUGGCCACGCCAUAUAUCGCACCGCAGAGAAGGGCCAUGAAAGGAUCGUUGAACUUCUGAUAGGUGGUGGUGAUCCCAUAUCUCACGCUGGGCAGUAUCACAAAGCUCUACUAGCUGCCGCUGCACAUGGCCAUGAAGGUAUUGUGCAAAAACUCCUAGGCUUUACCGACAUCAAUAGCCAAGAUGGCUCAUAUAAACUAUUUUCAACUGCUAUCUGCGCUGCUGCUACCUGUGGCCACAAAGAGAUCGUGAAGCUACUGGUAGCCCACGGAGCCGACAUGAAUGUUCAGGGUGCACCUGAGGGCAGCGCUCUCCACGCCGCUGCUUACCAUGGCCAUAAAGAGAUUGUACAGCUACUGUUAGCCUGUGGAGCUGAAUUCAACACCCACGAUACAAGUCAUUACCGGGCUCUCCAGGAAGCAGCGGCAAAUGCCCAAAUGGAGAUAGUGCAGCUAUUUCUGAACAGGGCUCACUUCGACGACCAGGAGCAAAAGUACAAAGCGUCCAUCACCACUCUCAAGGCUGCAGCGACUCGCGGUCGCAUGGAAUUGAUGCAUUUACUUCUGAAUCAAGCGGACGUCGAGAUUCUGCCGGAAUUCUGUUCCAAUGCUCUUGAGGAUGCCGCAUUACACGACCAAGAAGAGAUUGUGCAGCUACUGUUAGCUCAUGGAGCCGACAUCAAUUUCCGGGAUGAAAUACAGGAUCGCAGCAUUAUCCAGACUGCAGCGGAGCAUGGCCACCAACGGAUUGUGCGGUUGAUACUAAGCAGCGGAGCUAGCAUCGAUGAUGAACUGUUAAGCGAUGCUCUUCGGCGCGCUGCAGAGUUUGGCCACAAAGAGAUCCUGGAGCUAAUACUGGAAAGAGUUGAUCCCAAUGUCCUAGUUGAUCAUGGUGCUCUCUGUGCGGCAGUGGAACAUGGUCACAAGGAGAUUGUGGAGCUACUUCUUGCACGGGGAGCCGACGCUAACUCCUAUGGCGGUAGGUAUGGUACUGCGUUGGGAGCUUCUAUUUGUCUUGGUCUCUUGGAGAUCACGCAACUACUACGAGACAAUGGGGCUGUUCCAAGUGUCUGGUGA